AUGUUUGGGUAUAGGGAUGAUAAGUUGGGGCAUCUUAAGAGCGUCUCAAUACGUAAUCUAUAUAUUGAUUGUGGCGAGAAGAGCCAAAGUCAAAGUACCCAUUUAAAGGUUUCUCAAAAUGCAACUGCUGCCAUCAAUUCAGAUUUAUUGGUUCGACGUGGUAGUAUAUUACCAUCUAUUCCAACAAUUGAUACAGAAGAUGGAGAGUUUCAAUUAAUAGAUAUUAAUAGGAGAUCUUUACUAGAUUCAUUUUACACCUUGCAUGUGCCGAUUGAUGGUGAAGAAGAAAAAUUGGUAUACAUUAGUGAAGUUCAAACUUCAGAUAUGAACCCCAAUUUCGCAGGUGUAUCAUUACCAUAUAUUCCAACAACAUCUCAGAGUCAUAAAAUCAUCAUAAACUUGUGGUGUAAAACAUCUUUUGAAUCAAUUGAAGUCAAACAGAAGAGCCUGCUGUGGCUACACCUAUCAAAAUAUAAUAUAAAUCUUAAAAGGCUAAUAUACUUGGGAAUAAAGACAGACGACGUGGAAGAAUUGUUACAGAGAAACAGUUUGAUACUAAAUUUAAAUGGAAGAUUCUAUACGUUGCCACAUUCUAUGAAACGGAAAUUUUCACGACCACCUGUAAUCAGGCAUACGAGAAAGAGUACUUCACAUGGAAAGUUAAUCGCUAAUUCAUAUUCGUUUGAUGCAAUUAGAUCAAUAUUAAAAUUAAGUAAUUCACUCAAUGAACUAAGAAUAACAAAACAUAAUCUAUCAAAGCAGGUUAAAGAUCUCACAGAAGAGCUAACCAUAAAAUCUAAUUUGGAGACACCAGGGAAAACAUUGUCAAGAUUGAAAUUUCAGAAAUCUAUUUUGGAGAAAUCUCUCUUAAAACAAAAAGGUUUAAAUGAUAAUUUAAUAUCUGAGAUUCUCACAACAAAGAUAAGGAUGAAUAAGAUACGAGAAAUUAUUGACAAUAGAUUGGAAUUGAUUGUCGAAAUGGCUAAUAAUCUGAUCGACUUAAUUGAAGCACAGUUGGAUCCGAUCGAAGAAACUCUACUGCAAUAUGUUUUUCCUUCAAUAAUAAAAGAAAUUCAAAUAUUUGGUAAGGUUUUAUCAGAAGCAUUUCUUAUUCAAAAUAUCAACAAUUCGGUAAGAUUUUCGAUAAUGGGUUUAGAGUUUCCUUCAAGCAUCAAAGAAUUGUUGAACAUAUGUUACUAUGAUGAAAAGAAAUUGAUUAAUUUCAACUCUGGUACAACUUUGGACAAUACCAAUAAUAGAGCAAGCAUUGAACAAAUAAAUGCGGGCAUUUCGUACAUUGUUGAAAUAAUUAAUAUUAUUGCAAUAAUAACAAAUUGUAAUUUAAGAUACAAAAUGUUAGUUUUUGGCAGUCGUAGCAUAGUUUUAGAUCCAAUAUCUGACAACAUGCGUAAUUCUAAAGUCAAGCACGACCUGCUUGAUCAGUCCCAGGUCUUGUUACAUGACUUGUACUACGAUCAUUCCAAAACAGAAAGAAUUUCUAAACCAGAAGAUUCAGGGAAUGUAUCUCAACUUCGGAAUUAUGAAUUUGAACAGGGGCUAAGUUUGCUAAACAAGAAUUUGGUAUUCUUAAUAGGUAAAGUAACUACCAAUUUCAAUAAUUUCAGUCAAAUCACUAAAAAGGGCAAAAUUUCAAAUAAUAUUCCAAUUGAUUGUUUAGAUAACUUCUUAUGGAACUUACAAUACCUUCUUCUUUUCAUCACCGCUCCCAUUGAACACGAUGAUGCCAACUAA